AUGUCUUCGAUCCGUUCCAUCAUGAGCCCUCAACUCCGCACAGUCUUCAGACCUCAGCACUUCCGCUCAAUCCAAGGCCCUAUCCGCGUGCAAAUCGCAACUAUGUCCGCCGUCUCAAACGCCAUCGUCAAAGAUCAUCUCAACUCCACCGACCAUGAUCAUCAGCAGCGCUUCGGCAAUCAAUUCGUCUGGGAGCUCGCGCGUCAUUCCAUUAGUGAGGAACUAGUCAUCUACCCAGCUAUGGAGAAGUACAUGGGCGAUAAAGGAAGACGACUUGCAGACGAAGAUCGUGAAGAGCACCAUCAGGUCAAGGAGAGACUCAAGGUCUUCCAGAACCUUAAAUCUACAGAUCCUGGAUAUGUUCCAGAGAUAAAACAUAUCUGGGGCUUGUUGGAUAAACACAUUGAAGACGAAGAGAACCGUGAUCUACCUGCUCUUGAGAAAGCACUUGCAGCGCACGCCGAAGAUGCAGAUAGUCUAGCUGCGUCGUUUGAGCGCACGAAGCAUUUUGUGCCGACGAGGAGUCAUCCUAGUGCUGGGGAGAGUCCGCCUUUUGAGACUGUUAUGGGCCUCUUGGCGGCGCCUAUCGAUAGGCUUGCUGAUAUGUUCCGCAAGUUUCCUGACAAGAGAGAUGUGUAA